GUCUAACUCCAAAGUUCUGUUUUUUAAGUAAGCAGUGAAAACCCAUUUCAUAUAUAACUCGUCUCUUUCUUCUUUCAUCCAUAAUUGUAAUUUAGUUUCAUCGUUGAAUAGUCAUAAUAAUUCACAAUGAGCUUCUUGAGUACAACUUUGAUGAUGAAUUAUCCUUCCUUUCGAUGGAUGCCUUGUCAGAGUUGGAGUUUCCUUCGAUGGCCAGGUCUCGAAGCCUUCUUCAGACUUGUCGUCGUUUUUCUUCUUUGGUCUACCUUCUCUCAUCUCUGCUAUAUACCUUCUUCUUCUAUGUACCCUACCCUACGUGUUGGUGAUCGAAUUAUAGUCGAAAAGGCAUCAUAUUACAUUAAAAGUCCUGCUAUAAGGGAUAUUGUAACAUUUCGUGAUCCAACACAGCAUUCUGGAGAGAACACAAAUGUUUUUAUCAAGAGAAUUGUUGCGAAAGAAGGAGACACUGUUGAGGUUCAUCAUGGAGUACUCUAUGUCAAUGGUGUUGCUCAAGAGGAGAAUUUUGUGAUUGAGGCACCAACAUACACAACGAAAUUAACUUAUGUGCCAAAAGGCCAUGUUUAUGUUAUGGGGGAUAAUCGCAAUAAUAGCUAUGAUUCACAUGUAUGGGGACCACUUCCUAUGAAAAACAUAGUUGGAAGAUAUGUCAUGUGCUGUCAUAGACCAACAAAUUGAGACUAUUAUAUAUGGUUGAGAUGAACCAACCAGAAUUAUUUUUUUCUUCUUUGAUUUCUAUGAAGAGUUGCAAGUGAUGGCAUCAUCUGCUAAAUCUUCAUGGCAAUUGGAUUCUGCUCAUAUACAUGCUCAUAGUGAGUAAAAAAAAGCCAUGUCAUUUGUUAUGUGAUGAUAUAUAUUAUCAUAUUAAUCUGAAUUUUUGUAUUGUAUUGUAGUGUAUUUGUUGCUAUGUCUUGUUUAAGCUGCUGUCAAAGAAAUGUGUGAAGAUCUUAUAGAGAUUUUAAGUAUGUUUCUCACAUUUUGUAAAUAUUGACGUGAGGUUUGCUUUCCAGAA